AAACAAUCCCUGGCCUCCAGGUCCACGGGCGAGGGAGCUGCGGCUCUCCCUCCUCCACUAAGAGUGAAAAAUGAACAAAUCCCAGGAGCAAGUGUCAUUCAAAGAUGUAUGUGUGGACUUCACCCAGGAAGAGUGGUACCUGCUGGAUCCUGCUCAGAAGAUAUUAUACAGAGAUGUGAUCCUAGAAAAUUAUAGCCACCUUGUCUCAGUAGGGAAUUGUAUUACUAAGCCAGAAGUGAUCUUCAAGAUCGAGCAAGGAGAAGAGCCUUGGAUACUAGAGGAGAGAUUCCCAAAACAGUGCCGCUCAGAAGACUGGAAAGUUGAUGACCUAAUAGAGAGCACCCAGGAAAAUCAAGAUGAACAUUUUUGGCAACUUGCUUUCACCAGCAACAAAACAUUAAGUACAGAUAGUGGUGACAGAGUAAGGAAAACUUUAAAUCUAGGUACAGACUCCAUUCCUUCAAGCAAUUUUCUAUAUAAAAUAUGUGAUUCAUGUGAAGUGAGUUUGAAAAAUAUUUCAGGCUUAAUUAUUAACAGAAAAAACUAUUCUAGAAAGAAGCCUGAUGAGUUUAAUGUAUAUGAGAAAUUGCUCCUUGAUAUUGGGCAUGACAAAACUCCUCCUGGAGGGAAAUCUUAUAAUCAAAAAAAGAAUGUCCUCAAUCAUGAACAGGAUCUCACUCAGUCAAUUUUUGACCAGCCUUUUGAGUAUAAUGAAAAUGGAAGAGGCAAACAUGGAGAGGCAGCCUUUUUCACAAAUAAGAAAGUUCAGAUAGGAGAGACACACUGUAAAUAUAAUGAAUGUGGAAGAACCUUCAUCCAAAGUUUCAAGCUCAGUUUAUCUCAGAGAACUCAUUUUGAAAUGGAGCCAUGUGAAUGCAGCAUUUGUGGUAAGUUCUUCUAUAUGGAUUUAAGAUUGGGACAUCAGAGAGCUCUUAUGGGGGACAAUCCUUAUGAAUAUAAUGAAUAUGGGCAAAUUUUCUGCGACAAUUCAGCUUUCGUUAUCCAUCAGGGAACUUACACAAGAAAGAUUCCCCAUGAAUAUAAAGUCAGUCACAAAACUUGGGAAAAGUCAGCUCUCUUUAAACAUCAGAUAGUACACAUGGGAAAACCUUAUGAGCACAAUGAAAAUGGAAAUACUUUCAACAAGAAGUCACAUCUCACCCAACUUCGAAGAGCUCACUCAGGAGAAAAAACUUUUGAGUGUGGUGAAUGUGGGAAAACAUUCUGGGAGAAGUCAAACCUCACUCAGCAUCAGAGAACACACACAGGAGAGAAACCCUAUGAAUGUACUGAAUGUGGGAAAUCCUUUUGUCAGAAACCACAUCUUACCAACCAUCAGCGAACACAUACAGGAGAAAAACCCUAUGAAUGUAAGCAGUGUGGGAAAACAUUCUGUGUGAAGUCAAACCUCACCGAACAUCAGAGAACACACACAGGGGAGAAACCCUAUGAAUGUAAUGCAUGUGGAAAAUCCUUCUGCCACAGGUCAGCCCUAACUGUACAUCAGAGAACACACACAGGAGAGAAACCCUUUAUAUGUAAUGAAUGUGGUAAAUCCUUCUGUGUGAAAUCAAACCUCAUUGUACAUCAAAGAACUCACACAGGAGAGAAACCCUACAAAUGUAAUGAGUGUGGGAAAACCUUCUGUGAGAAAUCAGCUCUCACUAAACAUCAGAGGACUCACACAGGGGAGAAACCCUAUGAAUGUAAUGGAUGUGGGAAAACCUUUAGUCAGAGGUCAGUACUCACUAAACAUCAGAGAAUUCACACAAGGGUGAAAGCUCUUUCAGCAUCCUGA